GGAACGCCUUGCAAAAUGGCGACUCCCAGUUUGCGCGGCCGCUUGGCGCGGUUUGCGAACCCAGGGAAACCUGUCCUGAAACCCAACAAGCCUCUUAUCCUAGCUAACUCUGUCGGGAACAGACGCCGAGAGAAGGGCGAGGCGACCUGUAUCACGGAGAUGUCGAUGAUGAUGGCUUGCUGGAAGCAGAAUGAAUUUCGCGACGAGGCGUGCAGAAAAGAGAUCCAGGACUUCUUCGAUUGUUCUUCCAAAGCUCAGGAAGCCAGGAAGAUGAGGUCAAUCCAUGAGACUCUGGAGCAGUCUGAGAGUUUACCUCCCCACAAAAUGACCAAGUUAUUACAGAGAUUUCCCAACAAAUCUCACCUCAGCUGAAAAUGGAGAGACAUUUUAAAUGAACUAUCAUUUCUGAAUGCUAUCCAGAGGCAUGUUAGGGUUUUUAAAGAAUAAAAUUAGUCAAAGGA